AAAACAAAAAUAAAAUCCAAAAAAUAAAAUAAAUAGAAUUAUCCACUAGUGAAGCCCCUGAAAAUUGAACGAAAGCCUCGGUGGUAGGGCGAGCAAACAGAAGAAGAAGAAGAAGUGGAAGUUUCAUCAUCACUCUCUGUUUGUGAUGGCAAUCUCUACUAACUUUUUCGCCGUCUUCAAUUCCAUACCCUCUACUUCCUCGUCUUUUUCUUCUUCAUUUACAAAACCAUCUUUGGGUUCUUUGAAACACCAUUACGGUUUGAAGGUUGGUAAACCAAGCUCAAAUAGGCGCUUGGUGCUUAGCUGUUCAUCUUCUCAGAUGGAUUCCAACUCUGACACCAUGAAUAUAGGAAAUGGGCGGUCACAAAUUUCAUCUGCAUCUUCAUUUGGGUUGACAAUGAGUGAAACCACCAUGUCAAGAACAUCUUAUAAAUGGCAAAGGGUCUUGCUUAAAGUAAGUGGAGAAGCACUUGCUGGGGAUCAAACACAGAAUAUUGACCCGAAGAUCACGAUGUCAAUUGCAAGAGAGGUUGCAGCUGUGACUCGCCUUGGCAUUGAGGUAGCAAUUGUGGUUGGUGGAGGGAAUAUAUUCCGUGGCUCCUCCUGGGCUGGAAGUAGUGGUCUUGACCGUUCAUCUGCUGAUUACAUUGGGAUGUUGGCAACUGUCAUGAACGCCAUAUUUCUUCAAGCAACGAUGGAGAGUAUUGGCAUCCCUACUCGAGUGCAGACUGCAUUCCGAAUGUCUGAGGUUGCAGAGCCUUAUAUACGUAGAAGGGCUGUAAGGCAUUUGGAAAAAGGGAGGGUUGUAAUUUUUGCAGCUGGGACAGGAAAUCCAUUUUUCACUACAGAUACCGCUGCUGCCCUUCGUUGUGCAGAAAUUAAUGCAGAGGUGGUGCUGAAAGCUACAAAUGUUGAUGGGGUCUAUGAUGAUGAUCCAAGGAGAAAUCCAAAUGCUCGUCUUCUUGACACUCUAACAUAUCAGGAGGUGACUUCGAAAGAUCUUUCCGUAAUGGACAUGACUGCAAUUACUCUCUGUCAAGAAAAUAACAUUCCUGUUGUUGUCUUCAAUCUAUCCAAACCAGGUUACAUCUCAAGAGCCAUAAAAGGAGAGAGGGUUGGCACAAUUAUUGGAGGAACAAGGAAUUCUAUGGCAGCGAAAACAUGAUGAUGAUGAUGGAUGGGUUUUUGAUCUCAAAGAGUUGUGGAUGCUAGUUUGCUAGUGAAGCAUUUGAAGAUUGAAAGUUGAAGUGGAAGAAAACUGUUACUCAGCAUCUAAUUUGUAAAUAAUUUUUGUGGAUGUUGAAAAAGAUUAAAAAGAAUUAAUUUGGCUCUAAUUUCAGGUUUAUUUCUCCCAAGCGAAUAAAAUUCUUUUUACGGUUUUUAUUUUA